ACCCAUUAGUCCUCCAUCUCUGUUCCGUCUGCAGAAAUGUCCAACCCCAAAGUCUUCUUCGACAUCACAGCUGGCAAUAAACCCCUUGGCCGGGUCGUCAUGGAGCUCCGUGCCGAUGUGGUGCCCAAGACUGCGGAGAACUUCCGCGCCCUCUGCACUGGUGAGAAGGGCUUUGGCUACAAGGGCUGCACUUUUCACCUGAUCAUUCCAGGCUUGAUGUGCCAGGGCGGGGACUUCACCAACCAUGAUAGAAGUGGCGGAAAGUCAAUCUACGGCGAAAAGUUUGACGAUGAGAACUUUGUCCUGAAGCACUCUAACCUUGUCCUGUCCAUGGCCAACACCGGACCAAAUACCAACGGAUCCCAGUUCUUCAUCUGCUCAGUGGGGACAUCAUGGCUUGACGGGAAACACGUGGUGUUUGGCUCCGUAGUAGAGGGAAGGGAAGUGGUGAUAAAGAUGAAUGUUUUAGGUUCAUCCUCUGGCCAAACUAACUCUAAAAUCAUAAGUUCCUGCAACCUUUUCAACUUCUGCUGA